GUCGCGAAACGCGUCUUCCUCAGAUUCCCAAUCGGAAGAAGGUCAAAAAUUGACAAAGUUUUGCAACUCACCAGAAACAAUUCAGAUAUGGCAGACUCCCAGAUGGAAGUAGAUGUUGCUCUCGAGACCCCCGCAUCCGACGUAUUCAUAGCCCCCUCGAUAAAUCAAUCUUUACUACUGUCCGGUGCUUCAUAUCAACAUUAUUCAGAUGUUCCUCCGUCGCUUCUUCCUCUACCCAACACCGACACUUCGAAACCUGAUGCGCCUCCAGCCCCUGGUCCACCAUGUGCUCUAGGAAUUGAUGAAGCUGGGCGCGGUCCUGUUCUUGGUCCUAUGGUAUACGGACUAUUUUAUUUACCACUACCUCUCUCCGAUCCAUUGCUACGAAAUACACAUCACUUCGAUGAUAGUAAAGUCCUUACACCGACCGUUCGAUCCGAGCUUAUGGAGAAGCUUUGCACGCCAGGUUCAGAUCUGUAUACGCAAUGCGGUUGGGCGGUCGACGUUAUGUCGGCGAGAGAUAUUGGUGCCAACAUGAUGAAACCGGCAACAUACAAUUUGAAUGCCCAAGCUAUGGAUUCCACCAUCGCAUUGAUUCAGGGAGUCAUGGAUAAAGGUGUCAAUGUGAAGGAAAUUUACAUCGAUGCCUUGGGAAAUACAGUUACAUAUCAGAAGAAAUUGGAACGGAUCUUCCCUACAGCUCAAAUCACAGUUGCGAAAAAGGCGGAUAGUUUGUAUCCAUGUGUGAGUGCGGCAAGUGUAUGUGCAAAGGUUACUAGAGAUGCUGCUCUCGAGUCACUGUAUGAAAGCUACAUGAAUAAAGACGGGGAUCAGAAGAUGGGCGGAACGGAAGAGGACAGUUGGGGUUCGGGAUAUCCAUCUGACGCUAGAGCAACUACAUGGCUAAAACGCAACAUGGAUCCUAUAUUUGGAUGGGGUAGUGAAUGCCGUUUUAGUUGGGGGACGACGAAGGACAUGUUAGAUCUCAAAGGUAUUGCGGCGAAAGUCGAUUGGCCAAUUGAGGAGGAUGAUGAGACCAGUAGGUUGACGGAUUUCUUCAGUGCGGAUAAAGAUAAGGAUACGGAUGAGCUUGGGUCAUGGUUUGGAAGCUCAGUAGGAACGGAAAUCUUUUAGGAUAGGGUUUCUUGUCUUGAGACUUGUUUGGCGUUUUGGUAGGAGGCAAACUUGGAACAUUGCCACGCCUUGGUGUAAAUAUAUUGACUGGAUUGGAGUUGGGUUGUCUUGUGAAGUCGAGAUGGAUUUGCCCUAGAUUAUGAGUACGGUUCUCCCUGGAACUGUAUACCACCACCCACUUACUACUUACUGCAGAUGGUAAAUUAGGAAAGACGGGUAUAAGAAACUUAGAAUUCUCCGAACUUUCUGAUAACGUGAAUUUCCACAUUCAACAUCGUAUUGGAAAUAUCAUCAGUCGAUACCGUUGGCGAGUUUCA